AUGCAUGCUGAAACAGCACAGAUCUUUGCCAUCGGCCUGCAAUCCGUCAUCAUCGUUGGCGUGGUGCAGACAGGCGUCGGGUAUGAUCAUGUUACUGCAAUCGCAGAAGUCUAUGGACCGGAUCCCAUCACCAAGCUGCUGCAGCUGGCCAUCCCGAUGCAAUUCCUUUGGGUCCUGAGUCUUAGCUGUACGAAGAUAUCCAUCCUGCUCCUAUACCUUGCCAUCUUCCCCGUGACGUGGGUCGUGCGAACGGUCUGGGUCAAUAUCGCUGUGAUCUUAACCUGGACUGUUGGGACAAUCCUAGCUGGGUGCCUGAUAUGUCGACCCUUUGCAUAUAAUUGGGACCAGACUAUUCCUGGUGGAUCAUGUGGAAACCAAGUCACUUCCUUCACGGUGACCGGGGUGAUCAAUGUCGUCACCGACGUUGUCGUUCUGGUGAUUCCCAUGCCCUUACUGUACACGCUACAGUUGGCAAUAUAUAAGAAAGUGACUUUGAUGAUUAUCUUCGGGCUGGGAACAGUGACCUGCAUCAUCAGCAUUCUCCGUAUUUCUUCUCUCUCCUCAAUGGAUUUUGCUGAUCUUACAUACUCCAUUCCCCUUGUGAACGUUUUCAGUGGGUUGGAGAUCUGCCUCGCCGUUAUCCUCUCUUCGGUCCCUCUAAUGCGGCCACUUCUCACCCGAUCAUCGCGCACACCUGAUCCUACGGCUCAUACAUCGAGCAAAUCCUCGCCGUCGAGUAGAAGAUCAAAGUUCACUGGCGAUGAGGAGUUCCAACGACUGCAGGAUGACUCGAAUGACUUAGCUUUGUGUCCCAUUGGGCCAAAGCAUGAGGUUGGUAUCGCAGUGCAUAAAUUCAAACCGACGGAAGAGCAACACUGGGGCAGUGGAGAUUCUAUCGCAAGUGGAAAGACAAGAGAUGUGGAUUUAGAGGAGAACAGCGGCUGGGGGACCAUCUCAGUGAAGCAGGAAUGGGCAGUGCGACAUGGACAGUAA